UCAGAACUGAAUCUGCUCAUCAGCUUGAAGAUGGAGCCCUGUGUGAGGGUAAAGCAAGAAGAUGAUGGAGGGGCCAGUUCACAGGGUGCUAGGGCUAUUGGAGGAGAUUCCCGUGACUGCCCCACAUCAGAACUGAAUCUGCUCAUCAGCUUGAAGAUGGAGCCCUGUGUGAGGGUAAAGCAAGAAGAUGAUGGAGGGGCCAGUUCACAGGUGGAUCAUUGGCAAGUGAGUGAAAAUGAGGAGAAUUUUCUAUCGAGAAGAUCUCUGAAAAGUGAACCAAAUGGGGCAUCUCUGGGUGGAGCAAAAGAAGAGCUUUCGCAGGGAUUUGUAAGUCAAGAGAAACAAGAGAGUUGUGCUCAAUUCGAGUCAGUGAGCAAGAGUUCUUCGGGCAAUCAAAGUCUGACUGAAACUGCCAACUGUGAGAGAGAAAUGGGGGGUAGUGGUUGUCAUGAACACCACUCAGCCCACAGAAGACAGAAAUCGUUUGUCUGUCCGGAGUGUGGGAAAAUCUUUGGUCGGCAUUCAGCCCUGAUUAAUCACAAGACCACACAUACAGGAGAGAAGCCAUUUCAGUGCUUAGUUUGUGGGAAAUGCUUUGGCUAUAAAGCGCUUCUUGUUCGACAUGAAAGAUCCCAUGCAGUAGAAAAGCCAUACAAAUGCUUAGUCUGUGGGAAAACUUUCAGUUGCAGUACAAACCUUUCGAUCCACGAACGAACCCACACAGGAGAGAAGCCGUACACUUGCUUAGACUGCGAAAGAAGCUUUAAUCAGAAAAUACACCUCAUAAAACAUCAGCGGACUCAUACAGGAGAGAAAUUGUAUCCCUGCUUAGAGUGUGACAAAAGCUUUACAAGUCGAUCUACCCUUACUGCUCACUGGAGAAGUCAUACAGGAGAGAAACCGUACACAUGUUUGGAAUGUGGGAAAAGUUUCAGCCAGAAAUCGCACCUGACCACUCACAAGAGGACUCACACUGGAGAAAAACCACAUGUGUGCCUGCAUUGUGGGAACAGCUUCAGUAGAAAAUUCGAUCUUCUCUUACAUGAGAGGACACAUACAGGAGAGAAACCCUACUGGUGCUCAGACUGUGGGAAGAGCUUCUGUCAGAGUUCCCAGCUUUUUGUCCACAGAAGAAUCCAUACUGGAGAGAAACCAUUCAAAUGUUCAGAGUGUGGAAAAAGUUUUCGUUGGGAAGGCAGCCUCAAAAUGCACGAGAAAAACCAUGCGGGGGACAGGCCAUAUGCCUGCUCAGACUGUGGAAAAAGCUACAGUAAAUCGUCCCACCUUAUUAGGCACAAGGAGACUCACAUGGGAGAGAAACCAUACGCAUGCACAGACUGUGGGAAGAGGUUUGGUAGUAAUUCAGUGUUGGUUGAGCAUAAAAGGAUCCAUACAGGGGAGAGACCAUAUACCUGUCCAGAGUGUGGGAAAAGCUUCAGCCGGAGCUCGAACCUUAGGGCUCAUCUGAUAAUCCAUACAAGAGAGAAGCCAUUUGCCACAUAAAUAUGUAUUGUUAAUGUUGGAAUUUCCAAAAUGUAUCAUUAUCUGCAUGAAUGGUGUACAUAUACAGGAUGAGCUUUCUGCCACUGUGUCUUUUGCCCAGUCUCUUCCUAUGUUAUGUUGCCUCUGAAGCAAGUUCAAAUUUUGUCCUAAUGGAAAAGGAGGAAGGCAAGUGGAUAACGGGACUUGGGAAGGGACUGGGUCACAUGCUGUGCCUCAGAAAGAAAAAGUCAUAUGGAACAAAAACUAAAAUUGCAUUAUUGGACAUGAUGAAUAUAUGAAGAUGCCUUAUACUGACUCAGAGCGUCGGUCCAUCGAGAUCAGUAUUGUCUACCUAGAAUGGCAAUGUCUCUCCAGGAUCUCAAGCAGAGGUAUAUCAUGUCAUCUACUGCCUGGACCUUUCAACUGAAGAUGUUAGGGAUUGAACCUGGGGACUUCCGCCUGCCAAGCAGAUGCUCUGCCAUUGAGCCACAGUCCAUCCCCUGCCCCUGGACAAGCUUUUGUGAACCAGAACCCGUGUUAUCAGAGGCAUGAUAUGCUACACUGACUUUGCAGGUGUUACAGGUACAAGAAGACAAAAAAUAAUGACUACUGAGAAAUUAUACCAUUUUAAGGUUGACAGUGAAGAAGCUGAAAUUGUUAAAGGUUUUCUAUUCCUGGGCUCAAUCGUCAACCAAAAGGGAGACUGCAACCAACAAUUCAGAGGAAGAUUGAGACUUGGAAGGGCAUCCAUGAAGGAACUAGCAACUUGUGUCCAGGGCUUUUUUUCUGGGAAAAGAGGUGGUGGAACUCAGUGGUGGAACUCAAGACUGCACAAUGAUGUCACUUUGGG